AUGCAACAAGGUUUAAUUCAAGAGCGUGUGACGCAGCAGCAGUUGACAAUUGAGGUGUUGUCGGAUGAAUUAUUUAUUGAAAUUUUUCAAUACGUUCAAGUUGUUGAUCUCUUCCGUGGUUUUUAUAAUCUAAACUCUCGCUUAAAUGCAAUUUUAAUGGACCAGCAUUUAUAUCUUUCUGUUAAUUUAUUUGAAAUGACAUCUACGGAUGCUAAAUUUGCAGAAGAGAAUGAUUUAUUAAAUUUUUUACGUAAGAAAAUUAUCUAUCUUAAAACAGAUGAUUGGUAUUCUCUAAUGCUUACGAAUCGACGACAAUCAUGUUCAUAUUGGAAACGUGCAGAAUUAUUGUCAAAGAAAAAUAUAAAUUCUUAUCCGAGUCUACGUUCACUCACAAUUGUACGUCCUGAUAAUAUGCAUUAUCAACAAUUAAUUGAUUUACCAGAGGAAAUACGUCAACAAAUAAUAUGUUUAAAACUCAAUCGUCAAGCUGAAUCAGGAUUUCCAAUACAGCGAGUGCGAAGAUUUGUAUUUCGUGAUAUGUUUGACAAGAAUUGA